CCACAAGCAGCAACCCACCCUGCCAUUUUCAGAAUUGUAAAUGAAAUUUUCAAGAGUGCACUGAUGGAAACUGAUGGAGCUUCAGAAGUUAUGACCAUAGUACAGAUGUUCACACAGCUCUUCCUUCAGGCUCAUCAGAAUGAAAAUGAGGAGCAUAAAUUUCCACUGAAGGCCUACUUCCCUUAUCACCAGCCUCUUGUAAGAGCUUUACUCAGACGUCCUAGUGAAAUGCCAGCUACAUACUGGUCUCAACACUUGAAACACAUUUCAGAUAUGCUCAAAGCAUUAGUAGAAGAUACAAACAUUAGUUCUCUCACUGAUCUUUUUGAAAUCUGGUAUUUGGUUGUUUGCUCUGGAGAAUGGAUGGAUAUUGCUGCAGAACAAUUACUUAGAGCUGCUGUAAACCCAGAUACUUUGCUGUGGCUGCUGGCAUUUUACUACUGUCCUCAGAAUGCAAACCAACAAAGGACUCAAACAAUGGUGGAAGCUCAAGCAGUCUACAGUUGUCUAAUGACACUCUUCAACUGUACAGACCUUUCUCUCAAAGAUCUGGAGACUGCUGUACACAGGAUAACAGAUACAGAGCAGUGUUGUAGCCAGCACCUUAUGACACAUCUUCUGACCAACUUUUUGCUGUUUUCUUCUGGUGGACCUAUGAUUGCCCAGGAAUGUAUUUCUGAUAUUACUGAGGCAACUAAUACAAGCAAAGAAGUUUGCAGCCUUCUUAUCCGUACUGCAUACAGAUUUAAGCAAAAUGGAGAAGAAAACCAAUGGAUUGUGAAGCUGCUGAAUGAACUUCUUCAAAAACCUAUCUUGAAAGUUUAG